AGUAUAAAACAGCUGUAAUUGUUUUAUGCAUGACAUAUUAAAAUAAUUUAAUAAAAAAUUAAACAUUUAAAUGCUAACAAUAUUGCAGUAAGUAUAGAGGUAAUAUUAGUCAUUAGAAUAAGUUAAAACAUAAUGGGAAUUAAUUUAAUCCUAAUGGCUGUACCAUUUUUGACAUGUUAAAUUGUUCAAAAGAAAUAUAAAUGUUUUUUUUUUGCAUUGUUAGGUAACAAUAUUAUAAAUACUGCCUGUUCAUUGUUUCUUUUUCAGCAGAAAAAUUGGAUGUUCCAGAGAAAAUUCUUCCUGCUGUGUUAAAACCAUCUGAUAUUUACAGACGAAACCAAGGUCUUUUAAAUGAUAGAACUGAAAAACCAGCUGAUUUUGAAAUCACAGCAGACCUACUGCCUAAUAUUGACAUAACACCAAAACCACCAGACAUGCCUCAAGGAACAGAAACAGAUGCUGUAGACAUUUGCCCAACACCAUUAUUAAAUUCUGUUAGUGAAGAUAAACAGAAUAACGAAUGGCUAGCCGCAUCUUGGAGUGACCAUCUUCCAGAUGUUCUACAAAGGGAUCACCUUUCAUCAAUAUUGGGAAAUGAAGACCAACCCUCUGCAGUGGAAAUGAUGUUACCAGUAUCAGAACUUCAAAGACAUACAAUAGAUUUUUCCACAGAGAUUCUACCUGAAAUACCUGAUGUUCCUAUUGUGCUGUACCAAGAACCCAUCUCAAUAUGCGAAACCCCGUGCAACAAUGAUUCAUUUGACUAUUCUGUAUUAGCAAACACCUCAGAUAGGCCUAACAUUUCAGAAAUAGAAUAUGAUAAAGCAUCAUAUAUUGGCAACAGAGAAAACACCAAUAGUAAUCUUUCUCCUGAAUGUCCCGAUGACCCUGACUGGCCGAUCGUCCAUGAAGAAACGGUUGAUAAUAAUGAACUGACCAACCAAAACAACACAGACGUGAUAGAUGGUGAUACGGAUGGAAAUGUAUCACAGAAGAAAAGAAGUGGAAGAAAAAGAAAAAAUGAAAAUCAAACCAAAAAAAUAGCCAAACAAAAGAGAAACAGCAAUGAAGAUUUUUAUAACUACAAGGGACAACUUGUACAAAGAAAACUUUUCAGAGAUUUUGAAUGUAAAUGUAUCCGGAAAUGUCACAGCCUUGUAAGUACAGCCACCAGGAAUGAAGAGUUCAACAAGUUUUGGAAACUGGGAGAUUAUAAUUCACAAAACAUGUACAUUGGCGCUUGUGUAAAAGAAGUUGGGAAGAAACGUCAAUAUACAAGCAGUACAUCCAAAAGAAAUUUCUCAAGAGUGUAUACUAUCAGAACUAUACCUGUGUGCCGAGAAACAUUCACAGAAACAUUUCAAAUCUCCAGCAAAAGGGUGAACACUGCAUUAUGCAAACUAAGAUCAGAUGACUUGCUGGACAAGCGAGGAAAAAAACAAGGUGGUUUAAACAAAGUCAGUGAUAAAAAAAAUGGAAGAGGUUAUGGCUCAGAUAAACAAAAUACCUCGAUACAAAUCCCAUUAUAGAAGAGCGAAUACUGAUGCUGAGUUUCUUCCACCAGAGAUGACAUUACAAAAAAUGUACGAUCUUUACUUGCAAGAAAAAACUGAGCAAUGGGUGAAUGAGGGAGGAGAUGAAGAGAAAGUUAUAGAAUGGAAUGAAGCUAAUGAAUAUAAGAAAAAAGAAAUUAUUAAAGAAAUAGAUGCAGUCAGCUUCUCCACAUAUAGAAGAAUAUUCUUAACGAAGUUUGACUUGAAAUUUAAGAGUUUGAAAAAAGAUACUUGCAAGACAUGUGAUGCAUUUGCUGCCAGAUCAAGCACUGUAACUGGGAAGGAGAAAAAAGAAAUUGAAGAUGCUCACAACAACCACAAAGAUAUUUGGAUGAAUGCACGCCUUCAGUUAAGAAAGGACACAGAAGAAGCACAACAAGACAUUUCUUCUGAAUGCUUAACAUUUGACUUAGAGAAAACUUUACCACUUCCAAGAAUACCAGCAAAUAUUAUAUUCUAUAAAAGACAGUUAUGGGUUUAUAAUGCUGGUGUUCAUUCGUGUAAGACAGGAACUGGAUACUGCUAUGUGUGGGUUGAAAACCAAGCUGGAAGGGGAGCACAAGAAAUAGGAUCUUGUCUCAUAAAACAUAUACAGAAUCAUGUUGGAAACAAUAUAAAACAUCUAGUUUUAUGGAGUGAUUCUGCUGGCGGACAAAACCGAAACAUAAAGAUUGUAUUAAUGUUGAAAGCCUGUUUGGAGGACCAUCCCUCAUUACAAAGUGUUACUCUGAAGUUUUUACUUUCUGGCCACAGUUUUUUGCCUAAUGAUGCAGACUUCAGUGACAUUGAAUGUGCUCUGAAGCACGUCCAAAGAUUGUAUCUGCCUGCUGAAUAUAUAGAAGUCAUGAAGAAGUGUAGAAGGAAGAAACCUUUCAUUGUUAACAAAAUGCAGUCUCGUGAUUUCUUUGGUACAGAAAAAUUGGAAACAAUGGUUGUCAAUCGCAAAGUUACCCAAGAGAAAGAGAAAAUUAACUGGCUAAACAUCAGAGAAAUAAAAAUAAUGAAGGAAGAGCCUCUAAAAAUAUUUACUCGAACUGAUUUCCAGUCUUCGUAUUCUGUAGUUGAUCUCGAGAAGAAACCAACGAAAGGAAGACAAGUUCAACAGUUUAGUUACAGGAGUUGUCUUGUACCUAUGUGGGUUGGUGGUAAAGAUAUUGCUGCUCCAAAGCUUAAGGACUUAAAAUCAAUAAUGUCUCUAAUCCCAAAUGAUGCCAAAGAGUUUUAUCGUUCAUUAACUGGAAGUAGGUCUGUGGAAGACGAUAUAGAUGGUUUCUGCGCACCUUUGGAUUUCGAAACAGAAUAAAAUGUGUGAUUAAAAACUAAAUAAAACCGUGAUUACGGAACUGCAUUAUGUGCGAUUUUGUAAAAAUUUGAAUUAAAAAACACAAGAAACUAAUUGAUUAUAGAAUUUUAAAAAUUAUUAAUGUGUGUGUUUACUUUAGUAUUUAGAAACGAAUGUAAAUCUGAUAUAGAGUAGAAAAAUUUCUGUAUUUACAUGAUGAUGAGAGAUUUUGUGUUUUAACUAAUGUUUAAUUCACAAACUAUUCUCUGUAGUGAUUUUUCAAUUAUUUUCUUAUAUUUUAUUAAUGAGUAUUAUGUUCUGUUCGGCUGCGAUUGUGCACUUCCUUGGCUAGUAAAUAAUUCAGAGAAAGGAACCAACAACUUGGUAACUUUCUGCUUUACAAAUGUAGGUUUUUAUUGAAUUAAAGCAGAAAGGAACCAACCCACAAUAUUUGACAAUAACUAAAUAAUUAUUUAAUGUACCAAAAUGAUUUUAGUUUGUAAAAAAAAUAAUAAA